UUUGUGAAAGACGAGGGUGGCGUUUCCCCGCUGCCCCGAAUAUUGUCAGCCUACGCCUUUAGGUCCCGGACCGGGACAUUUUGUUGUUGUUGUUGUGGUGUUUCGGAGACUUUCUCGCUCAUUUUAUUUCACUUGGAAAGGUGGGCAGCCGGACGCGAGAACUUGCUGGCUCCUUUUUCUGACAUUUUUUUUCUCUUUUUCUCUUUCCGCGCUGUUUCGCACCUGAGUCAGUUCGCUUGUGCGGCGUUGAACAUGCCGUGAGUAGCCUAGCGGCAAUUAACCCAACCCGUCUUAAUUAGCGGGAGGUAUGUCGGCGACCAUGCCCAACAGUGACACACCUGGCGCGAGGAAACUUGGUCAGCGUUUCAUCCGUGCGCGUGGACUAGUCGGCACGAAGAAGUCGAUAAGAAGACCGGUGGGCUGAUGCGGCCGCAGGGGACCCGCGUAUGGACGCUCGUGUUUUUGACGCAGACUGGGAUUUGACCCAAGUUCGGGACUUCGGGAUGCCAGAGAGCCCCGUGUGAAUCAGUCCCCCGCUCACCGUACCUGGACUUCGACACAGGCUCCCCAAAGCGAUGGCUUCUGAGGUGGUGUGUGGACUGGUCUUCAGGUUACUCCUUCCCGUGUGUCUCGGGGCCGCCUCUCUGUUCAGGUACAAUGUCCUCUCCCUCGUCUACCUCAUCUAUCUCCUGCUCAUUCCCCUCUUCGCAGAGCCUACGAGUGAAACGAUGCAGGGCCUCACUGGGCGUCUGCUCCAGUCCUUGUGUUUCACCAGUAUGAGCUUUGUGCUGCUCCACAUCAUCUAUCAGAUCACCGUCAACAGCCUGCUGGCCGGGAACUCCAUCGACUCCAGCUUUAACUGUUCCACAUGGGAAAAGUCCAUAAGGCAGAUCGGCUUUGAGAGUGUGAUUGGUGCAGACGCACCAAAUGGCAUCCGGGUGUUCAUCCCUGACAUCGGCAUGUUCAUGGCAGGCUUGGCCAUCUGGCUGUUGUGUCGCAGCCUGGUCCAGAAGAGGCCGCCUGAGGACAUGGCCCAUUACAACUCUGACUUCGAACCAGAGGAGCAAGGAGAAGAGGAAAAGCUGAGUCUUGAUGACAAUAUCCUGUUGGAGGAGGACUUAGAGGCCGGCUACGAGGCCGAAGAGGAUGAGGAAAAUGACGGUUUGAAUGACGAGGAGGAAGAGGAGGAGGAGGAGGCCAAGGAGAGCACAAAGAUGAAGAUCCUGCGUCUUGUGGCGACGAUAGCAUCCAAAGUGAAAGAGAUCAUCGGGAACCUGAUCACCACCGCUGGAAAGGUGGUGGUCACCAUCUUGCUGGGCUUGACGGGCAUCAUGCUGCCCUCGUUGACCUCGGCGGUCUACUUCUUCGUCUUCCUGUUCCUCUGCACCUGGUGGUCUUUCUGCCAGACUGUUGAUACGCUCAUCUUCAGCUGCAUGUGCGUCCUGAUGGCUAUCUUCAGUGCUGGCCACCUCAUCGUCCUCUACCUCUACCAGUUCCAGUUCUUCCAGGAAUCCAUUCCACCAGAUGAUAGCUACAUCAGAUUAUUUGGCAUAUCCUCCAUCGUUCAGAGUGACUGCUCCUACACAUGGAAGCUCAUCGUGAACCAAGGCCUCAAGUGGCACCAUUUUGUCAAUCCCAUCAUGCUUUUGGUGCUCUACUAUACCCUGGCUACUCUGAUUCGCCUCUGGCUACAGGAGCCACUCGACCAACCAGUGGAGGAGCAGGAGGGCGAGGUGAAUGGGGAGGAGGCUCCGGUCGGAAACGGAACAAAUAACUCAGCCGAGAAGAAGAGGCAGCUGUGGUGGAGAGCACACCAGGGCACGGAUGAGAAAAGGCUCCUCUCCACCCAGGAUGGCUUCAGUACAACCGAGCCUAUGCUAACAUCAAACGGGACCUCGUUUGACUACACCACCACUGAGAAUGGACCAGUCAGGCUGGACCUCUAUGCCACCCCCCACUACAGAGUGGACCAGUCCACCGAUAUCAGAGAGAAGAAGGAUGACUGUGUGUAUGAAGUGUGUCUGCCCGUGGAGGAGACUGAAACAGAGGGUGUAGAAGAGCAGCGAGGAGAAGGGGAAGGGGAGGAUGAAAACGAAGAGGAGAAGAAGGGGGCCCCCAGUGCUCUGGUCAAAGUCUUCUGCUUCAUCAUGAAACAGAGUUACAUCUGCGCUCUCAUAGCUAUGAUGGCGUGGAGCAUCACCUAUGUCAGCUGGCUGACGUUUGUGUUCCUGAUCUGGUCCUGCACCCUGUGGAUGGUGAGGGACCGGCGGCGCUACGCCAUGCUGACCUCGCCCUUCAUGGUGCUGUACGGCAACCUACUGCUGGGCCUGCAGUACAUCUGGAGCUUUGAGAUCCUGGACGCUGUCCCUGGGCUCUUCCUCAAGAAGGAUGUCCCCUUCAGUGAGCUGGGCUCCAAGAUCCUGUGUCUGUUGAGCUUCUGGCUGUUGCUGAGACAGACGCUGACAGAGAGACAGGACAAGCUGCAGGAAGCAGAGACCGAUCUCUCUGGCGUCCAUGUGGACAAGCACAAGAGGAAGGGGUCAGAGGGCGAGGAGGAGGGCGAGGAGCAGGAUGUUAUGCAGGUGCUGGGUAACCUGAUCAUGGCCCUGCUGGUCAAAUACUGGAUCUACAUCUGCGGCGGCAUGUUCUUCUUCGUCAGCUUCGAGGGGCGCAUCGUCAUGUACAAGAUCAUCUACAUGAUGAUGUUCCUCUUCUGUGUGGCACUCUACCAGGUACACUACGAGUGGUGGCGAAGAAUCCUGAAGUACUUCUGGAUGUCGGUGGUGAUGUACACCAUGCUGGUCCUCAUCCUGGUCUACACCUUCCAGUUUGAGUCCUCGCUGCCGUUCUGGUCUAACAUGACAGGGAUGAGUCCAGAAAAGCUGAAGGACUUGGGUCUGGAGCGCUUCUCUGUUGCCAUGCUUUUCACCAGAAUCUUUAUCCCCACCUCUUUCCUCCUGGUGUGUAUCCUCCACCUGCACUACUUCCAUGACCGCUUCCUGCAGCUCACCGACCUCCAAGCCAUGGUUGCCAAGGAAGAAAGCACGAUCUACAGACUGGUGCACCAGGACGGAAGUCUUGCUGACCUCACCAUGCUCAGCUCCUGCUCCGUGGACAGCUCUCUGCCCCGGGAGGAGGAUAAAGAGAAGGAGAAGGAGAAGGAGCAGGCGCUGGUGGUUGUGAUUGAUGACACGAAGGGAACGAAGCCCAGGAGUUUCUCGGACCACCGGCAGUCCAGCACAGAGGAGAGCUGCCACUGCAGUGCGGCGACUGAGCCGGGGCCCAGCACCACCGAGCAGAGCUCAGAUCUGAAGAACAAAUGGCACCUGGUGAUAGACCGUCUGAGCGUGCUUUUCCUCAAGUUCCUGGAGUACUUCCACAAGCUGCAGCUUUUCAUCUGGUGGCUGCUGGAGAUCCACGUCAUCAAGAUUGUGUCUUGCUACAUCAUCCUGGUGGCAAUCAGAGAGGUGUCCCUGUUCAACUACGUGUUUCUGGCUGCCUGGGCCUUUGCCUUGCCCUACAACCAGUUUCGGCCCUUGGCCUCCAGUGUCUGCACCGUCUGGACCUGCAUCAUCAUCAUCUGUAAAAUGUUGUACCAACUGGAAUCUAUAGACCCAACCACCUUCUCCAAGAAGUGUUCAAUGCCAGACGGCUACACGAAGGAACAGCAGCAGGAGAUGAACAACUCGAUGUUGUAUAAGAAAGAAGUGGACCCAACCAACUGGGUAGGCCUCAGGAAGUUCAACCCGCUGCUGGAUUACCUCAGGAACAACCUGUUGAUGCUGGCUAUCUUAGCCUUUGAGGUAACUAUCUAUCGCCACCAAGAAUACUUCAGACUGAGGAACAAACUGUCGCCACCCGCCGCCAGGAUCAUCUUCCAUGACAUUACCCGACAACACCUCGACAAUGGCAUCGUCAACUUCAUCAAGUACUUCAUCAACUACUUCUUCUACAAGUUCGGCCUGGAGACAUGCCUCCUGUUGGUGGUCAAUGUCAUCGGACAGCGUAUGGACUUCUACGCCAUGCUCCAUGCCUUUGCCCUGACAGUGGUCAUGUAUAGACGACGGAGGAAAGCCAUCGCUGAGAUCUGGCCAAAAUACUGCUGCUUCCUGGCCUGUAUGCUCACCUUCCAGUAUUUUAUUUGCAUCGGGAUUCCCCCUGCAGCCUGUAAAGACUACCCCUGGAGGCUUCCAGGCUCCUUUACUGAAUCCAAUGUGGUCAAGUGGCUCUAUGUCCCAGAUUUCCGCUCAAAGCCCAAUCCGAUGUUCCUCGUAUAUGACGUCAUGUUGCUGCUGUGUGCCUCCCUCCAGAAGCAGAUCUUUGACGAUGAGAACAAGGCGGCCGUGCGUCUGAUGGCUGGAGACAACGUAGAGAUCUGCAGGGACCUGGAUGCAGCCUCCUUCAGUGUCCACAACCCUGUUCCUGACUUCAUCCACUGCAGAUCUUACCUGGACAUGCUGAAGGUGAUCAUGUUCAGCUACAUGUUCUGGUUUGUCCUCACCAUCAUCUUCAUCACGGGUACCACCCGCAUCAGUAUCUUCUGCAUGGGCUACCUGGUGGCCUGCUUCUACUUCCUGCUGUUUGGGGGCCAGCUCUUACUCAAGCCAAUCAAAAAGAUCCUCCACUACUGGGACUUCCUGAUUGCCUACAACAUCUUUGUCAUUACUAUGAAGAACAUCCUGUCUAUCCUGUCCUGUGGAUACAUCACUUCUUUGCUGGUGAACCAUUGCUGGUUGAUCCAGUUGUUUAGUCUGGCCUGCACCAUCAAGGAAUACAAUAUCACCAUUAACCAGGAUGCCUUACCGCCUCAUGAACACUGUGAGCUGCCCAGCGACGAGGCAGGGAUUAUCUGGGACAGUAUCUGCUUUGCCUUCCUCCUGCUCCAGAGACGAGUCUUCAUGAGCUACUACUUCCUCCACGUGGUUGCUGACAUCCGUGCCUCCCAGAUCCUAGCAUCCAGAGGGGCCGAGUUAUUCCAGGCCACCAUCGUGAAGGCGGUGAAAGCUCGGCUGGAAGAAGAACACAAGUCCAUGGAGCAGCUGAAGAGACAGAUGGACCGCAUUAAGAUGAGGCAGGAGAAGUUUAAGAGGGGCAAGGAGAAGAUGCUGAGCAUGGCCCAGGAGUCCGGGGAUGGACAGAACAUCAUCCAGCCAGAGGAGGAAGAAGACGAUGGAGCAGAGCGAACGAAAGCCAAGGCCAAAAAAAAGCAGUGGUGGAGGCCGUGGGUUGACCAUGCUUCCAUGGUUAGAAGUGGAGAUUAUUACUUGUUUGAAACUGACAGUGAAGAAGAGGAGGAGGAGGAGGAGAAAAAAGAGGAGGAAUUGCCAAAGAAGUCAGCAUUUCAGUUCCUUUACCAUGCGUGGAUCACAGACCCCAAAACCGCCCUGAAGGCGAGAGACAAAGAGAAGCGCAAAUUUUGGAAGAAGUACACCAAGGGGGUUCGACACAGGAAAAAGAAGAGAGAUGCUCAUGUGGCGAUAGAAGUUGGGGAGCUGUCGGACGGCCAAGACGGGGGAGAGGAGAAAAAGAAGUCUGAAGGGCCAGACAACAUAAUCAAGCGGGUGUUCAACAUCAUCAAGUUUACCUGGGUGCUGUUCCAGACCACGGUGGACAGUUUCACGAAAUGGAUGAACGACAUGUGCCGCGAGCACAUCGACAUCUCCACGGUGCUGCGCAUAGAGCGCUGCAUGCUCACCCGCGAGGUCAAAAAGGGUAAUGUGCCGUCCAGAGAGAGCAUCCAUGUGUACUACCAGAAAGCCAUGAGGCUCAACAUGUCCAGACAGUCCACUUUGGACCAGCUUAGUGAGGAUGAGUCCAUGACCGGCUCCCAGAGGGCCCGCAGGAGACGUGGAGGUUACCGGAUGGAGAGCCAGGACUCCAUGACCUCCAGAGACAGCCUAUCCAGCGCCUACACUGAGGCCACCAUGCUAUUUUCUCGUCAGUCCACCCUGGAUGACCUUGACGGGAUGCCAGAGUGCAUCCCCAAAACCAGCGAGCGUGCCCGCCCUAAGCUGCGCAAGAUGUACAGCUUGGAUAUGUCCAACUCCUCGGCCGACAGUGGGAGUAGCCUUGUGUCCAGUGAAGCCACCCAGUGCAUCACGCUGUACUCCAGACAGGGAACCACAGACACCAUAGAGGAAGUGGAGGAUGAGCAGGAGCAAGGGGAGGAUAAGCAGCAUGGCUGUGGAGGGUCCGAGCAGCCUGAGGGGAGUCAGGGGGCCGAGGGAAGCUGUUGGGGUGAUGGGCAACCUGCUGAGGAGGGACAGAGGGAUCAGGACACAUCAGGGGUUCCCUGGGACUCCUUUGGCCCAGGAGAGGGCCCUUCCAACAGGGUGGACACUACAGGGCCUGCUCCCUCUGCCCAGGACAAGGAAUAUAGCACCGAGAGCGAUGAUGGGGGAGUACGGCGGGAGUACCUGCAGACAGGGGGGCGAGUCGGGAUGCUCUGCACCCCCGACACGGAUGCGUCCAAAACGUCCGAUGCCGAGGUGCCUCCCAGCUACAGCAAGGCGGUCAGUUUUGACCGUUUGGAGAUCAGCGAUGAUGAGAGCGACCGCGACAGAAGCAGGCUGAUGUUGAUGACCCCUGACAGCUGCUCAGAAAGCCGCUCAGACCUACUGCUGCCCUCCAUGACCACGGAGCUGACCGCCAGCGAACUACUUCUUAACAAGAUGUUCUAUGAUGAAGAGCUGGAGAGGUCGGACAAUUUCUACAACAGACAGCCCCUGAUCCUCCAGCUGUGCUAUGCCCUGUACAACAUGCUGGUGGCCCACUCGGAGAUGGUGUGCUACCUGGUCAUCAUCAUCAACCACAUGGUGUCGGCCUCCUGUGUCACCCUGGUCCUUCCGAUCACUAUCUUCCUCUGGGCCAUGCUGUCUGUGCCCCGGCCUAGUAAACGCUUCUGGAUGACUGCCAUCGUCUACACUGAGGUCACCAUUGUCAUCAAGUACUUCUUCCAGUUUGGCUUCUUCCCUUUCAACCAGAACAAGGUGGAUAAGAACAAACCCUACCACCCUCCCAACAUCAUCGGCGUGGAGAAGAAAGAUGGCUAUGUCCAUUAUGAUUUGAUCCAGCUCCUGGCCCUGUUCUUCCAUCGAUCCAUCUUGAAGUGUCAUGGUCUGUGGGACGAGGACGACCCCAAAGGAAAAAAAGAAUUCCCCCACCCUGAUGAGUCAGAGGACAAAGAGAGGGAGAAGGAGAACGAAAAGGAGAAAGAGGAGAGUGUGAAGGAUCCUGUCCCGGCGCAGACCCGUGAGAGGAGAGACUCCACCCACACCUUGAGGUCCAUCAACUUCGGCACCUCCAUAGACUCUGUGCACGUGCAGGCACACUAUCCCAACCAGCAGACGUACCAGCGCCGCAAGAGCUCCAGCGGAGGGUCCCACCGAUCCACCCACUCCUCUGCGAGGUCCAAGAGAGGAAGCACCGCCUCUCGCAACAGCAGCCACAGGGACGGCAGCGAGGCCAGUGUCCAGCAGAAGAGCCGCAAACAGCUGAUAAUGGAGAAGCUAAGGGAACAGCUCAUUAAAGGAAAGGCUUUCGCCGUCAAGCGAGCCUUUGAAAUCUACCUGCCCAUUCGCCAGUUCUUCUAUAACCUGAUCCAUCCCGAGUACAGCGCCGUAACAGAUGUCUAUGUGCUGAUGUUCCUUGCUGACACGGUUGACUUCAUCAUCAUCGUGUUUGGAUUCUGGGCCUUUGGCAAACAUUCGGCUGCAGCAGACAUCACCUCGUCCCUGUCAGAGGACCAGGUGCCAGGGCCCUUCUUGGUGAUGGUGCUGAUCCAGUUUGGGACCAUGGUGGUGGACCGGGCCCUCUAUCUUAAGAAGUCUGUCAUGGGGAAGGUCAUCUUCCAAGUCAUCCUGGUCUUCGGCAUUCAUUUCUGGAUGUUCUUCAUCCUGCCAAUGGUCACAGAAAAGCGUUUCAACGAGAACACGGUCGCUCAGAUGUGGUACUUUGUCAAAUGCAUCUACUUUGGCCUGUCGGCCUAUCAGAUCCGCUGUGGCUAUCCUACCCGCGUGCUGGGAAACUUCCUCACCAAGAGCUACAAUUAUGUCAACCUCUUCCUGUUUCAAGGGUUCCGCCUGGUUCCCUUCCUGACAGAGCUGAGGGCUGUGAUGGACUGGGUUUGGACCGACACCUCUCUGUCUCUGUCCAGCUGGAUCUGUGUGGAAGACAUCUACGCUCACAUCUUUGUCCUCAAAUGCUGGAGGGAGUCGGAGAAGAGGUACCCCCAGCCCCGAGGCCAGAAGAAGAAGAAGGUGGUGAAGUACGGGAUGGGAGGCAUGAUCGUGAUGCUUCUCAUCUGCAUCGUCUGGUUCCCAUUGCUCUUCAUGUCCCUGGUGAAGUCUGUGGCCGGAGUGGUCAACAAACCCCUGGACGUCUCGCUUAAAAUCACCCUGGCUGGCUUUCAGCCCAUCUUUACAAUGAGCGCUCAGCAAAACCAGCUGCAGAAUGUGUCUUUGGAGGAAUACGACGUCUUUUUGAAGGCAUAUUAUGGUAAAGAGGAAGCGCUGCAGUGGCUGGGGGGUUACACACCAGAUGACCUGUGUAUCGCUGAGCUCGAGGGCAGUUCUAACUCCUUGUGGACUAUCAGCCCCCCCAGCAGAACCAACCUGAUCAGGAUGCUGAGCUCCAAAGAGCAGCUGCCCAUGACAGUAUCCUGGUCCAUUCAAAGGAACCUCACUCUGGGAGCCAAGGCUGAAAUGGCGUCAGGAAAACGGGUGAGAUAUCUGGACGACAAGACAAAGCAGCAGCUCAGCCAGCUCCUAAAUGGAAUCAGCAAUGAAUCAGUGGUCAUAAAAGAUGUUUUCCCACGUUAUCUGCGAGCCCCCAGUGAAGGUGAUGCCAAGCCCGUUGAGCAGCUUUAUAAAGGUGAGGCGUUGAUGGACAUAACGCUGUCCUUGGAGCGGGACAACGGCGACACCGACGAGAUCCAGGAGUGGUGGAUCGUCAACCAGACGGAGCCGGGCCUGAUCGAAAAGAGGAACCUCAAGAUCAAGUACCACGCAGGCCUGGAGGUCUAUGUGUUCAGCGACAAGGUCAGCCCGCCCAGCCUGGGCUUCCUGGCCGGAUACGGGAUCAUGGGCCUGUAUGCCUCAGUGGUGCUGGUCAUCGGCAGGUUUGUGCGUGAGUUCUUCAGCGGCAUCUCCCACACCAUCAUGUUCGAGGAGCUUCCCAAUGUGGACCGCAUCCUCAAGCUGUGCACAGACAUCUUCCUGGUCCGAGAGACCGGGGAGCUGGACCUGGAGGAAGAGAUGUACGCCAAACUCAUCUUCCUGUACCGUUCGCCAGAGACCAUGAUCAAGUGGACCCGGGAAAAGUCCCAGUGAACGGUCAUCCCCUGACCUGUCCCAUCCGACACCCCCCAUGCACAAAUACCGGGAAGACGUGUUUUACUGAACUGAGUGAAGGGCUGCCGUGUAAAAGGUCCGACUCAGAUGCCGGGUGGUGAGAUGACACUGUCGCAGAAAUAGCUCACCACCAUCCCCUUACCCCCCGCUAGGGACCGACAAGGCAGCCGAGGACUAACUUCUCCUCGCCAUCAUCUCCAACGGCAGCAGUACAGUGUUGCCCGAGGGCCUCCCACCGAUGGAUGAGUGCACAACGAUGGACGUAAUGAGCACAAAACCAUAUUUUACAAUCUUCUCCAACUGGAACUCUCACAUUGUGGGGUUGUGCAAUAUUGAGCGCUCGUCCCCUGAGGCCGGCUGCGUUGAGAAAGACGGACAGAACGAGGAGGCAGCUUCUCACCGAGACAAAGCAAACACAACGGAUACUCGUUUUGUUUUUUUUAACGUCCACGGCGACGCGUAGAGCCACUAAUGGAGGCGCAACACAAAACACGUUACCAAAAAUACAAAUCUUGCCUUAUUUUGUUUGUACCGGGAACUGAAACUGUCAUUAACCAACCACACACCUUUCUCAGGAAGAGCGGUGUUUUUACCAGGAGGAGGUCGAGCGGACAUUCGCCGCGUAUACUCAGAGCUGAUGCUUACCUUACAGUCGCCCUCGAUGAAUCUAGACUAUGAAAGCGGUAAACAAAUGGAAACUGUUUAAACAGCAUGAAAUUUAACGUGGACAGCGCUCAAGAAAUCUGUGGGAUUGAUAAAAUCCCCGGUAUGUGAACUACACAGCGGACACAGCUCUGUUUUAACAAAAUGGGAGAAACACGUUGGGAUAAUAUUCUCCUCACAACUAAUGGGAUUUAUUGCUGAUCGUACGCCCACAUUACCUGCAGAUCAGCCAGAGUCCGGCCCCGGGGCAGGGCUGUUUGCCAAUCAGGGUAUCGCGGGGGGGGGGGGGGGGGGUAAACGGUAAACCGUUGCACAUGGCUUGUAACCGCCUGUUGCGGUUUUAAAGCUCAAGUCUCACAAAUAACUGUGAUGCCCAGCAGCCAUUCACCCACCGACUUCUCGAGAGGAAGGAGUCAGAAAAACAACCUUUCACUCGCACAACGGGCCGCUAACACAAAGCCCCUUGUUCCAAACUAUGCAUUAGAGGAAACUGUAGCAUGAAAAGAAACCUUCAUUAUUGCCAUGUCUAAUUUUCAUUACGUGUACACGAUUUUAGGGGAGGGCUCGGGGUGGAAUGAAAUGUGAAACCGUACCUGUAUGUUAAGGCAAUGUGGUAUGAUAAAAGAGUUCGAGAUCUGCAAAUAAAACAUCUGGAAAGGUGUCAAGUUUCGCGCCCACGUCCGGUUCUUGCUUCCCCCGGAAUGUAGAUAACAGUUAGGGUUUAUUAAUGUUGCAGACUCGACACGCACCCUGUGAGCAGUAAAGAGUCCAGCCGAGGACGCUUUGUUGAGGGCAGUGAACACGGGGAUCACCGGUUCGAAUCCCCGUGUUACCUCUGCCUUGGUCGGGCGUCCCUACAGAUACAAUUGGCUGUGUCUGCGGGUAGAAAGCCGGAUGUGGGUGUGUGUGUGUCCUGGUCGCUGCACUACGGCCUCCUCUGGUCAGUCGGGGGUCCCCCAUUGGCGGGGGGGUGGUGUAGCAUGAUUCUCCCAUGUGCUACAUCCCCCUGGUGAAACUCCUCACUGUCAGGUGAAAAGAAGCGGCUGGCGACUCCACAUGUAUGGGAGGAGGCAUGUGGUAGUCUGCAGCCCAGGGUGGAGCAGCGACAGGGGCGGCUCUGAAAAGUGGGGUAAUUGGCCGGAUACAAUUGGGGGGGGGGGGGAAGGCAGGGAACCCCCCCAAAAGAAAGAAAAGCGAGGUUUGGGCAAACGGUUCUUGAAUUUAUUUAUAUUUUCCUGAAAGCUGACAUUAUGAGUUUAUUCCAUAAACUUAGACCUUGAUUUGCCAAGUAGAGGGGCGUUUUUAGGGAUCGGCAGAGGGGGCGGAGCAGCGACCGGGACGGCUCG